AGACAGAUGAUAGAUGAUAAAACCUGCGUGCGCCGGAAGGAGCGGCGCACGGAGAUCCGCCCCCACGCCCUGCGCCCCGCCCCACGCUACUCCGAGGCUCGUACGAAGGGUGCGCAAGCGGCGCCCUCGGUUUACGACAGGCCGGAAAGGAGCGAGCGCCGCUAGCGCCGGGUUGAGUCGGGCCGCAAUGGGGAAAAUCGCGCUGCAGCUCAAAGCCACCCUGGAGAAUGUCACUAACCUCCGGCCUGUCGGGGAGGACUUCCGGUGGUACCUAAAGAUGAAAUGUGGCAACUGUGGUGAGAUUUCAGAGAAGUGGCAAUACAUUCGGCUGAUGGACAGUGUGGCACUGAAGGGGGGCCGUGGCAGCGCCUCCAUGGUCCAGAAGUGCAAGCUGUGUGCAAGGGAAAACUCCAUUGAGAUUUUGAGCAGCACCAUCAAAUCUUACAAUGCUGAAGACAAUGAGAAGUUCAAGACAAUAGUAGAGUUUGAGUGCCGGGGCCUUGAACCAGUUGAUUUCCAGCCCCAGGCUGGGUUUGCUGCUGAGGGUGUGGAAUCGGGGACAGUCUUCAGUGAUGUUAAUCUGCAGGAGAAGGACUGGACUGACUAUGAUGAAAAGGCUCAGGAGUCUGUGGGAAUUUACGAGGUCACCCACCAGUUUGUAAAGUGUUGAACCCUCUUCCUGCACACUUGCCUCUAAGAACUGAGAAGGGACAAUGUGCCCCAAGCAGCAGAGCCCACUAAGGCUGGUCUCCUCACCCCUUGUCUCCUGGCAGCCGUCCAAGCCCUCACCGUCUGCAUGCUGGGCUCUUACAGCUUCCCAAGCCCCACCAAUAAAGCCCGUUUGUGCUGUACUCAUGCGUGAAGGUAGUCAGGUCUUGUAUUCCCGGUUCCCUGUGAGCCUCUUCUCUGUACCUGACAGCAGCACUUCAACCCUCACUCAGCCAGCAGGCCUUCCAGCCCCCUACCCAUUGGGUCUAGUCCACUGCCCAGCCUGAAAGCAAGUAAGUAGAAGUAAUGGGCUGGGUAAGCAGCCUUUCUAGUUUUCAGUCUCUAUUCCAGUCGGUGUGUGUUAAGCUCAUAAAGAUAAACACCAAAAGGAUCUAUAGGUUUUGUUUAUAUUUUAAAUUACCAUCUCAUCUUUCAGGAGGUAAAAACCAAAAAAAAUCAUUAAUUAAAAGGAAAAAAAUAAAGAUUAUGUCGAUAGAUACAAUUAAAUUUUAUUUCUGCUUCAACAAUAAAUACACCUGAGUUAAUUUUCCAAA